UGAUUUGCAGUGUUCACCGAGCCUUUGUUGAGAAGGGUCUCCUCUCGGAGUGAGUCAUGCUUUUGCUGUGAGCAGCUCCAAGCAGCUGGGCGCUCAUCAGAGGAAACUAUGACUUUUGAAAAGCGAGCGUGCCGCCCUCAGCAGCCGCGUCCGGGGCCGGGGCUACGCGGCCAAGGCGGCGCGGGGUGUUAGCGGUGGGAAGCCUGCGCUCCCUCCAGCGCCCCCGACCCCGCCGCGGUCCCGGCCGCUGCGUCCACCCCGGGAACAGCUGCUCGCCUGCUAUGCGUGGCAGCCCGCGCCCGCGCCCGCACCUGCAGCGCCCGGGCGGAUGCGGCGAGCCCACGGAGGGGCAUGCUUCCACGCACCAAGUACAACCGUUUCAGGAAUGACUCGGUGACAUCGGUCGAUGACCUUCUGCACAACCUGUCGGUGAGCAGCGGCGACAAGGUCUCGGCGGCGCGCGCGGCCCCGGCAGCGGCCCCCUACCUAGUGUCUGGAGACGCGUUGCGCAAGGCGCCCGACGAUGGCCCGGGCAGCUUGGGCCACCUGCUCCACAAGGUGUCCCACCUGAAACUCUCCAGCUCGGGCCUCCGCGGCCUGUCGGCGGCCAGGGAGCGGGCGGGCGCGCGGCUCUCGGGCAGCUGCAGCGCGCCCAGCCUGGCCGCCCCGGACGGCAGCUCGUCCCCCGGCCCCCGCGCCCCGGCCAUGCGCGCCGCCAGGAAGGGCCGGCCCGGCGACGAGCCACCGCCCCGCGCGCCCCCAGCCAGUGAGCAGGUGCUGGGGGCCGGAGUCACCUACGUCGUUAAGUACUUGGGGUGCAUUGAAGUUCUACGCUCAAUGAGGUCUCUUGACUUCAGUACAAGAACGCAGAUUACCAGGGAGGCCAUCAGCCGCGUUUGUGAAGCUGUCCCUGGAGCCAAGGGAGCCUUCAGGAAGAGAAAGCCUCCAAGCAAGAUGCUGUCCAGCAUCUUGGGCAAGAGCAACCUCCAGUUUGCAGGGAUGAGCAUCUCCCUGACCAUAUCCACUGCCAGCCUGAACCUGCGGACACCGGACUCCAAACAGAUUAUAGCAAAUCACCACAUGCAGUCCAUCUCCUUUGCCUCAGGGGGGGACCCGGACACAACAGACUACGUUGCGUAUGUAGCCAAGGACCCUGUUAAUCGCAGAGCUUGUCACAUUCUGGAAUGCUGUGACGGCCUGGCCCAGGAUGUCAUUGGCUCCAUCGGACAAGCCUUUGAGCUUCGGUUUAAGCAAUAUUUACAGUGUCCUUCCAAAAUCCCCGCUCUCCACGACCGAAUGCAGAGUCUGGAUGAGCCGUGGACUGAAGAAGAGGGCGAUGGCUCUGACCACCCAUACUACAACAACAUUCCAAGCAAGACACCUCCUCCAGGGGGUUUUGUUGAUGCUCGACUGAAAGCCAGACUCCCCCCAGCCCCUGACGCAGCCCAGUUUGCAGGAAAAGAGCAAACUUAUUACCAGGGGAGACACUUAGGGGACCCGUUUGGUGAAGACUGGCAGCAAACACCUGUCAGGCAAGGUGAAAGGCAAGGGUCCGAGGACAUCUAUAGCAUGCCGGAAGGGAAAGCUCAUGUGGCCCCUACGGGCGAAGCCCCCACCUACGUGAACACCCAACACCUCCCGCCACAGGCCGGGACACCAGCGGGCAGCAGUGCAGAGAGCAGCCCGAGGAAGGACCUCUUUGACAUGAAACCUUUUGAAGAUGCUCUCAAGAACCAGUCCGUGGGACUGGUGCUGAGCAAGGCAGCCUCCGUGGAGUGCAUCAGCCCCAUCUCACCCAGAGCCCUGGAUGCCAAGAUGCUGGAAGAGCUGAAAGCGGAGCCUUGGUACCAAGGCGAGAUGAGCAGGAAGGAGGCAGAGGGGCUGUUGAAGAGAGACGGAGACUUUCUGGUCAGGAAGAGUACCACCAACCCAGGCUCCUUCGUUCUCACGGGCAUGCACGACGGCCAGGCCAAACACCUGCUGCUUGUGGACCCAGAAGGCACGAUCCGGACAAAGGACAGGAUCUUUGACAGCAUCAGCCACCUCAUCAACCACCAUCUGGAGAACAGCCUGCCCAUUGUCUCCGCUGGGAGUGAGCUCUGCCUCCAGCAGCCAGUGGAGAGGAACCCGUGACCGUCCAGCCACCCUGUCUUGACACUAUACCAGUCGUCAAGAGGACUCGGUUCUUCCCAGUAGAUGGGUACCGGGCUACAGGAACUUGGGGAGCUGCCCGCAGGCUCAGGGCUUUGUUCCAAAGCCCCAGGAGGAAGGCUUCUGUAAAGUGCAGGUUUCAUAAACUUGUUCCUAUUUCUCAUGUGCAUAGUAAAGGUGUACAUACCUAUACAUCCUAUACAAAUGAUUCCCCUAUAUUUCUAUUUUUUAAGACUAAGACAGAUGUAAGACUAAUGUUCUGUGCUGUAUGUUUUUAAUGGAAAAAAAAAGUUUGACUGUAGUUGUCUGGGAGAAAAUGUAAUUCAACUGACCCAUUCCACUGGGAAGGUCCACUAGGAAGGUGUUACCUGCAGUUUACCUAAUAAGCACAACAUGGGGAGUAGAGGCAAGCAGUAAUAUCAGUAAUAGACAUGGGAUUGUAACAGAAUCAGGCAAGAUGCUACCCAAAGUGGUCCAGUAAAGCACUGGGGUACGCUGGUUCUGAUGACUGUCCCUUCUCUUCCAAGAUGCCUCCUAUGCUGUCUACACCACACCUGUAUGCACAGUGCAUCCAGCACCAGAUGGCUCCUGCAGUUGCACUAAGGAACAAAUGUCACUCCGGCUCUUUCAGGUCGUGCUGAGCAUAGGAAUGCUGUCCCAUUGACCCCAGUUGUCCAGGGGCACUUGGGGAUUCGUUUUACUGCCAAAUAUGGCACAAAAUAAGCCUCGCUAAUGAAGAUCUUGACUGGCAAAUGCUUUCCUUGUUUUCAUCCAUAUAAUGACAAAAUGAUAAGUGUGGAGGGGUAGUUGGGGCAAAGUCUUGGUUUGUAUGUCUUUCUGGCCACCUGGUUGAUUCCAGGCUACUGUGGUAGCUGCAGGUAAAACUGCCCCCCGCCCCUGUAUUCAGUAGAGAAAGAAGCAUGUGUACAGCUGUGCUGAAGACAGUGCGAACUUGUGCACUCGGAGUUUUGUCCUGGAGACACUGGCAUCAGCUGUUCCUCUGGGUCGAUGUUUGCCUAAAGCUGGGGAGUUUUGAGAAUCAAUGUCAGGUUUUGCUUCUAGAACGAAUGGUGGCUGUUUCUACAGCAGGUUUCCCGGUUGCUCCAUGAAAAGGGUAUGUGUGUCACGCAGUGCUGAGUCUUGGCUCCUUCCUUUGAGAUAAAACACUGUGAUUUCCUGCUGGGUCAUUGAGUGUUGGGAAGUUGACAAUGUUUGUGACUUUUAAAAUAUAUCUGGGUUGAGAUUAUCUUGUGAUUUAACAGAUGUUGUCCUCUAAAAGAUAGAAGGAUUAAUUUGUGUGUUUGGUACUUUCCCACCAGUGCUGCAAUGUUGGUUUCUGUCCCAGCGACAUCCCACAGCAUACACACCCCUUUGACCAGUACAACAGAAAGACGCUCUGCACACACUUAGAGCUGGGUAGUAAUAGCUUUGAUGCCUCAGGAAUGAGGAGUUAAGAAUAUAUUUUUAAAAUUCUGAUGAGUACUAAUUCUACAAAGUUCUAAUGCUAAGUGUGAGACCCCAUUUCUACUUUUGUGGGGGCUGGCCAGGAUGGGAGGGUAGGAUAGCGCUGACGGGCGAGAAUGGGCUGGGGUAGGUCUACGGCUUCGUAUGUAGCCUUCUCUGGAGGUUUUGCUCUUUGAGCAUCCACUGAAUUCAAGUUGACAGUGGCUUCUAUCUUCUAGAAUGUUCUGCCAUGGUUUGAAACUGAUAUAGACCAUCCUGCUGCUUCCUGGAAUGGUACUGGUUUCAGGUGCAGUGCGGAUGCCCUGCUCCACGUUAUCUAGAAGCAGUGGGGACAGACUGUGGAUUCAGGGUAGCAGCUGGCUCCUCCUCCUGCCCUGUGACAAGGUAGACUUUGGGGUGGCUGCAAGAACUGCCCCGCGCUCCGUCUCCUGGAGAUUUGCAGCACAGAAAUGUCUGACCUCUGUGAGGAAGCAUGAACCUUCUCUAUAUGUGGGUGUGCACACAUAUAAAAACAGAUAAAAUGGCUUUUCUUUCCACAGUCUUGCAUGCCCCAUUUGUAAGGCCAAAAUACUAAUGCUGAACGGGAAAGGGCAGGUAGGAAAUGAGAGUUACGAACCGCGAGCACCUGAACAUUUGACCUGCUCUAGUUUUCCUCCUGUGGAAGUCGGACAUGUGAUCUGCGUUGGAGUAGCUUUCUGCUCUGCAGUCAGUGUGUCCCUCAAUGGUGAUAAACAAUAUAUAUCAUGUUUUCUGCAUGAGAAUCAAUUUAGGACAUUAAAAGCAUUGGGGGGAAUCAAAUUUUGUUUCAAUAUUAAUUCAAAAUAUGCAUUUUUAAGCUCAGAUUAUAAGAUUGCUUGCAGUGGAACAGAGCCAAUGGAAACAUUGGCACUUUGUAGCCACUGGAGCAUAUUCGAGAUAUGGCAGACGGCAGCGAUUUUCUUAUCUUUGUUCUCUCCAUCUGUGAAUCAUGUUAGAGCAAACACAAGUCAUCUCAUCUCUUCUUUCAAGCUCAAUGUCAUAGGCACUACUGUGAGCCUCACCCACUGAUGGGGAAACUGAGGCUCAGAGGCCACAUAGUUGGCAGGCAGCAAAGCUGUUCCACUUAUUCCUUGUUUCCCAAGCUCUGCUGAGCUUGGAGCUCACAAUUUGCUGGCCGAUGUGACAGGGCCUCCUCCCUGCCCAGACUGGGGCCCUUCUCCUGCAGUUUCUCAGACUGUCUCUGCCUGGGCAGGGCCAGGAUCCUGAAAUGCAGACGCAGGCAGAGCAGCCCAAGCUGUGUGCUCCAGGGCCUCCAACUCCCAGGGAACGUGUGCUGCUGCAUGCAGAGACCCUGGGUCUACGGAGUGUUCCACAGCUGCUGCCCCUCACGGGCCCCCAGCCACUCGACCCAGGUCUCCGUGUCUGUGGCGAGCCAGACGGGUCCUGCAGUCCUAACAUGGCCCAGCUGGUGGAGUGGCCCUGGAGCCCCCUCCCACCUCCUCUCCCACCGCACUGUCCUUUAUGAGUUAGCUGUGCUUCAGAUGACAUUCUGGUCCUGCUGAGAGGCUGUGGGGCCUCCUAUGAGGCCGCUCAUCCCUCGUUCAAGUCAACUUGAUGCUCGAUGACCAAGGAGACCCUGAACAGCGCAGUGGACAGUCUGAUAAACAAGGCAUGAGACAAUUCCCAGUAUCCUGUGCUUAAGCUACUGCUUCUGGCCUUUUGUAAUUUGACAGGCUAAAGCAUGGGUCCCCACUCAGCCUUGACCUGGGUUUCAUUUGAGCAACUAUUCUGUUUCAGGUUGUGUCAGGUACUGGGGUAGACAGACAAACACCCAAUUGGAGCACAUAGGGUGUCCUGAGGGUCUCCUAGUAGAAAAGGGCGCCACUGAUAAUGUCCAAUGAGGACAGAAAGUGAUACACCAAGUGGAGGAAAAGGCCUGUAGAAGGAAGGGCAUGCCUGGGAGAGGGGGAGUAGCACUUUGUGUGGCCCCCACAAGAGCCCCCAGACUCAGGGACACUGUCGGCUCGUGUUUCUUGACUCCAUGCUUAUCCUGGGCUUCUAAAGAUGCACUCACUCCUGAAGUGGAGCUUUCCCUUCAGGUGGGGCCAGAUGCCUGGAUGGCUCCUUUAGAUAAAUCAUGCUUCAAACUAAUGUCCCUGUCCUUAUUUCCCUGAAUCGGUCACCACGUGGAGGCCAGUCCCACGUUUCCUUGGAUCAUAGACUCCCGGGGCAGGUCAGGCAGCAGUGGACACCCCCGUCCAACCUCGGCUCUGGCACACACCAAGCCUCGUGGCCUCACGUGGCUCACCGCCUAUACCACAGGGCUGUGCCAUCCCUGUCGUGAGGACUGUGGGGUGGUGAAUAUGUGCAAACACGAAGGACAGCUGUUUCCUUGGAUGCUUCACACAAAAGUGUGCAUCAUUUUUCUCUUACUGGCCGAGUGUGUAUGGAUGCCAUGUUAGCCUUCUUGUGAAUGGUGAACUGCCCGAUUGGAAAUGGGAAGGAGAAUUGUGGAAAGACUACAAAUAGAUAAUUGCAGGAUGCAGACAAAUCUUGGCCUUGGGUUUCAGAAUUGUCCUCUGGUUCUGUAGUGAAACUUUAAAAAUUGGUCCUGAGAAAGACAAGUAGAAAAACUACGUACAGAAAUGUGUUGCAAACCUGGGACUGUCACUGCUUCCCAGAGGGCAAUGAGCAAAGGAGCAUCAUGGGAUAGUGCAGCCGGAGGGAGUGCACCUGUUUUUCUGUGAGGAAACUAGAGCCAGGUGCCUUGCUGAAGGUCGUCAGUGGCUGAAUCUGGGACAGAGUGCAGGACUUAUUAGGGUCCCUAUGGGCUUGAGCAUAAAGCUCACCCCAAUGGAAAUGGCAAGUUCUUCCUUCCUUGGGUUUAUAUUUAUCCAUCUUUUUUCCAAAAUGCACAAAGGCGUGAGUCAUUCACAUGAGUCAAACACAUGAGGAUGUGUUUCUAUUCCUCUGUAUAGUUUGGGGUCUUUCAGAAGAAGACCCUGAGAAAGGAUCUUCACGUAUGUGGGGAAGGGAAGGAAACUGACGGGGAGAACACGACCAGGCAAAUCGCCAGGAUUCAGAUAAUUACCUCACUGGGGACUGCAGGGGGGAGGGCGGAACACAUCUCAGAGCUGACCCACCAGGGCAGGAAAGAGUUGGGCAUUUACCCAGCCAGCCCAGCAUGGAAGGCUGUCCUGGUUGGCACUGCAUACCCUUGUACACACCCUUCAAGCCAGGGAGUCCUCGGGCAGAGAGACAGGCCUUCACAGUAAGCA